UCUGAGUGAGGGCCUCCAGUCCUUCCGCCCAUUUGGGGAGAGAAUAAAGAAGCUGAGGUUGUCUCCGUCUUACUCAUUGGUAGUUACAACCUUGCAGCCACCACAGCCUCAGCUUCUAGCGUGGACACAGAGAAGGGAAACAGAAGUCCAUUCUCGUGAGGUCCACCUACAGUCACCAUGUAUGAGGACUGUGUCAAGUCCACUGAGGAAUAUUAUUUCCUGUGUGACACAGAGGGGCCAUGGGGCAUUGUUCUGGAGUGCCUGGCAAUAAUCGGCAUAGUGGUUACAGUGAUUCUGCUUUUGGCAUUUCUCUGUCUCAUACGAAAGAUUCAAGACUGUGGCCAGUGGAAUGUCCUCCCUACACAGCUCCUCUUCCUCCUGGGUGUGCUGGGGCUCUUUAGCCUUGCUUUUGCCUUCAUUUUCCAGUUCAGUCAGCAAACUGCCCCUGUGCGCUACUUUUUCUUUGGGGUUCUCUUUGCUCUCUGUUUCUCAUGCCUUUUGGCUCAUGCCUCCCACCUGGUGAAGCUGGUCCGAGGUAGGGUCGCCUUCUCUUGGACAACAAUUCUGUGCAUUGCUAUUGGGCUCAGCCUUUUGCAGACAAUCAUUGCCAUUGAGUAUGUGACUCUCAUAAUGACCAGAGGGAUGAUGUUUGUGCAUAUGACGCCCUGUCAGCUUAAUGUGGACUUUGUCGUACUCCUCGUCUACGUCCUUUUGCUGAUGGCCAUCACAUUCUUCGUCUCCACAGCCACGUUUUGUGGCCCAUGUGAGAACUGGAAGCCACAUGGGAGGCUCAUCUUCAUCACUAUGCUCGUCUCCAUCAUUAUCUGGGUGGUGUGGAUCUCCAUGCUCAUGAGAGGCAACCCACAGUUCCAGCAGCAGCCCCGGUGUGAUGACCCUGUCAUCUGCAUUGCCCUGGUCACCAAUGCAUGGGUUUUCCUGCUGCUGUACAUCAUACCUGAGCUCUGCAUUCUCUACAGAUCAUGUAAACAGGAUUGCCCUCCACAAGGCAAUGCCUGCUCAGUCCCAGCCUACCAAUGCAACUUCAGAGUGGAGAACCAGGAACUCUCAAGAGCCCGAGACAGUGAUGGAGCUGAGGAGGAUGUAGCAUUAACUUCAUAUUCAGCUGCAGACUGUUGAUCCCAUGCAAGAGUAUUUCCUCCCAUGGGCUAUAUACUAGGCCCCCAGCAAGACGCAGACUUACAAAGUCCACAGGAAACACGAGUACUGAAAACCCAGAAGACCAUCUUAAUGUAGC